CGAUUCCGCCAUAAUCAUGUUUGCCGUGUUCGUGCUUAGUUGUUGUGUCCUGGCUCACGCCAACGGCGCGCCCGCCUUCGCGGGGGGCCUGUCGAUGCCGGUCGUACCUCCUAUGUUCAGCGGAUUCAACCCGCCGGCGCCCUCAGAUCAUUCGUCCGACACUCCGUCCGAUCCGGAUUGCCCACCUACCGACGGCACUAUUCCUCUCUACAUCCCCGAUCCCGAGAGUUGCUCGAAGUAUACUGUGUGCUCGGGAGGCUUCGGACUGAAGCUGGAAUGUGCGCCAGGGAUGCAUUUCAACGUUGCGACGUCUUCGUGCACCUUCCCCGCGCUCGCCAAGUGCUCCCUCUAAAAAGUACGUACUCGGAGAUAUCUGAGUUUUUUGUUCAGUGCUUUCUGGCGUUUCGCGACCUCUCACGGGACCAAAGAUGCGGGGAAGGGAUUCCUGGAGCGUAAUCGACCCCCUUUCUCUGCAAAUACUACACAGUCCGUUCUGAAGACAGAUCUCAAGAAGAGCGCGCCCGGAGUCGAUUCCCUCGCGAUUCCCAGGGAAUGAAUGAAACCGUACUACAGACUGAUCAACGAACGACGCGCUACAUAUCCACUGAGCAAACUCAAGAAGGAGGCCUGUUGGUCGAACGGCCUGUAAACGGGCUCGUGAGCGAGCGUCGGGUCGAUAUCGCCGCAUUCGGCAAACCGGAAACUCGAAUAUUCCGCUUCGAUUUUGUUCGCCUCGUGACGGGCGCCUCUCAAGGUCGGAUCCACAAAACACAAUAAACGAUGCUGCGUAUUCAUGGA